AUGAGCAAGCUGAGAUCUUUAUUCAGCUACUAGCUGAUGCAAAAGCAUUUGCAAUUCGCAUGUAGGGAACAGUGGUGCAUGGCAGCAGGUGGCUGUGUUUGAUUUCACAUGGCAGCUACUACUUUCUUCCUUGUAACCACCUGCGCAUCAUCCUACCACGAUCGCGACCACAGAGGAUGAUCACCUGUGCUUAGUCAACCUGGAUUCUUGCUCACAGUCACAGAUCAUCAGCUAGCUCCGUGCAGUGUCACCGUUGCACUUGGCUUCUCUGCAACUCUGACUGACCCAGCAGAACAGAGCAAGCCAAAACCGAAUCCAACCAUGGAGCCGCCGCCGCUACGCGCCCCGCCAGACGAGCUGGUGGAGGAGAUCCUCCUCCGCUCCCCGCCGGACGACCCCGCGAGCCUCGUCCGCGCCGCGCUCGUCUGCAAGCGCUGGUGCCGCCUCGUCUCGGCCCACCCCUUCCGCCUCCGCUUCCGCGGCCUCCACCGCUGCCCGGCCCCGAUGCUGGGCUUCCUCUGCAACGACGUCUUCCACGCCGGCGGCGACGAGGCCUGCUCCGCCCGCUUCGUCCGCACCGCGGCCUCGUGCCCGCCACUCGCGUCCCGCCGCGGCUGGCACGCGCUCGACGCCCGCGCCGGUCGCGUCCUCCUCCACCGGGCCGCCGCGGCGCAGGCGAUCUGCCUCGCCGUCUGGGACCCCCUCGCCGCCGGCGACAGCCGCCACCUGGACCUGCCCGCCCCCGCGCUGCCGCGGCGCCCGCGCAGCUGGAACGCCGCGCUGCUGUGCGACGACGACCCGGACGGCGGGCCGUUCCGCAUCGUCCUCGUGGGCACCGACUCCCAGGGGACCUUCGCCUGCGUCUACUCGUCGCCCGAGCCCGCCGCGUGGAGCGAGCCAGCCUACGCGCCUCAGCACCCCAAGGACCACGUCGACGCGGUGCGCGGCGCCCUCGUCGGCGACACGAUCUACUUCGUCUGCCAGAGGAGGACGAGGGUGCUCAGGUACGACCUCGCCACGCGCGCCAUGUCCGUGGUGCACCUGCCGCCGGCGUCCCACAACCAGCGCAUCGUGCUCACCACGGCGGAGGGCGGCGGCCUGGGGUUCGCGAGGAUGGACGGCUACUGGCUCGGCCUCUGGUCCAUGGACGUCGGCGGCGGUGGCGGUGCCGUGGAGUGGACGCAGGACAGGGUGAUUGACCUCCGGACGCUGCUCCCCGUCAUCGAUCUGCUCGGGUUUGCGCAUGGCCUUGGCAUCGUCUUGGUGGGGACGGUGGAUGGCUUCUUCUCCGUUGAUCAAAAGUCUGGCAGCAUCAACAAGGUAGGAGACGGCCCUGGCUUCUACAAUGUCGUUCCCUUUGUGAGCUUCUACACUCCAGCACUGGGAACGGCAUCUACGACAGAUGAGGAGGGAUCAAGUUCGAAUGCAUGAAAAGUGCAUGCUCUCUCCAAAAUCCAACAAGGAAGGAAGCGAUCGUAGUGUUUCUGCUGUCCCUCGUGCUUCUGAUGCUUGUGAGGAUUGAGGGGUUGUUAGUUACUAGAGGAUUACUGCUGUCUAAUGAUGCCAUUACUGGCCGGGAAUACUUCCCUAGAUACUGUUUUCUGCUCCGUCCUGAAUCACAGAUGCUGGAUUGUAUCAUGCACUGCAUCUUUCCAUCAGCAAGUGUAUCAUGCACUGCAUCUUUCAA